GUAGGUAGAAAAAAGCUUAUAUCAUUUUUAAUAUCUACUAUAAAACUUAAGGCCAUACCUGCUCUCAUAACCUAUUUUGAAAAAUGUUGUAAAGUACCACUUUAAACAUUUUCAUUCAUAGAAAUAGUGAUUAGAACAAAUACCAACUCGACACCUAUUGCUCCGGUUUCAUUCUUCAUACGCCCUUUGCGAAGCAUCGCCAUAUUUGUUUGUUUUCAAAUCACCUGCGAACGAGCGAGCGACGACGUCAUUGAAGUAAAAGUGCUGACAGCGCGAAAACUUCAUUCACUUUCGGGUCUUCGUAACAUACAGACGAGAGAGAGGGACGAGCACUUGUCUCUUGGAAAAUUGUUGUGUUAUCGCGCUUGUUGUGUCAUUGUUUUGUGUCUUUUUAAAAUUCCAUUUAAAUUUCAAGCGACAACAUCCAUCAAAAGCUUUGUGGUUUGGAAUAGCAGACAGAAUUGGCAAGCCUGCUGACGGCGAAGAGAUUGGCUGCCACCAUGGCAUGUAAGGAAAAGUGAAUCGAGGCCAAACGAGCAAACGCACAGACACACGUACAUCGGUUCCUUUCACUUGACGCUGGAAACCCUUUGAGGCGAUGUCCACUGCACCGGAGGGUUGUUCCGUGGCCGGGGACGACGACGACGAUGGCGAUGGGAGCAGUAGUGUCACGUGGCAUCGGUUACUGCUGGCAGGGAGAAGCAGCAGCUUCUUUAAUACACCAGAACCAGCGGAAGAAAGCGCUCCGGAGAGUCUGCUUUCGGAUGCUACCGAAACGGCUGGAGAAGAGGAGGAUGCCUUGAACGCUGUGCUGCGGAACGAGGGCUCUACGAAUUAUGAUUCGGGAAACUUUUCGUUCUCGGAAAGUUCCAAGGGGAAGACGGCAGCGAGUCCGGGAAGUCAGGAUUUGGCCCACGAGCGGUUCGUGCAGCUGAAUACGGAGCUGUAUCAGACGCGGACGGAGCUGUUGACGUACAAGUACAAAUGGAACGAAAUCCGGAACGAAGUUGAGCUGGAGUGGACCAAGAAGCAUCGGCGGCUGGAGGAUGAAAAGAGCGGUCUGCAGCAGGAGGUGGAACGGUUACAGGAAUUAUUACGGGUGUCGGAGGGCAGGGGAUUGACGGGUGGAAGCUCGUUGGAGAUUUUGAAGUUACAAUCAGAGCUGGAUCAGGCAAAGAUUCAGCUCGACUGCAAGGAUCGUGCAAAUGUGGUCUUGAAGGAGAAGAUUGCCGAGCAGUACUGUGAUAGGGAGAGUCUUUCGCUGGAGGUGAGGAAACUGGGGAAGAUUUUGUUGGAGAUCAAGAACGAGCUCAGUUCGGUGCGCAGCUCUGAGCAGUGGUUCCGCGAUGAGUUACAUACGUGCCAAAAUGUGAACGCCAAAUUGAGGGAGAGUAAUUUACAGCUAGAGAAUCGUAUAAGUAUAGAAAAAUCCAACAACGAUCGAUUGAAACUGGAACUGCAGCAAGUGAUACGGAACGCGGAGGAGGUUGAGCGAAGGGCUAUCAAGGAAAAGGAAGACCUGCUGGAAAAGUUGAGUCUCAUAGAGGCUUCCAACAAGUUGGAAAACGUUUCCGAUUUCGUGCUGGAAGAAACGCUUCAAAAGUUGAAGGAUUCGUCAGAGAAGAUCAAAUUUCUCACUGACACCAACAAUGACUACCAGGAAAGAACGGAACAACUGGAACGCAACCUUGCAAUCCUCCAAAGCAGUCUCUUCAGUCAAGAAGCCCUCACCGAAGCGUGUAAAAAUAAACAAAGUGAAACCAUAUCGAGAAUCGCAACCCUCGAGACAGAAAACGCCGACCUGAAGGCAGCCAGGGAGCAUGCCCGGCAGGAGAACACCCAGCUCCAUCUGGAUGUCGCGCGGCAGAACUUUACCAACCGAGACCUAGAUGUCAGCAUUGGGCACCUGCGGGCGCAAUUGCAAGUUUUAUCGAUAAACUUUGAAAACACGCGACGAGCGCUGGCUGUGAAGGAAUUUGCGGCGGACAAGUUGGACCAGGAUAAUCGCGAGCUUCGGGAACGGUUUGUCCAGGUGGAACGAUGUCGCAAGGAUCUGCAGCGCCGGCUGAGCAUGAGUGAGGCCGUGGCGAAGGAACAGUACGAGCAACUGCUGGCCAACUUCCGUACGAUCCAGUCCAAGAACUUGGACCUUGAGUUGAAACUAGGUCAGUGCGCGGAGUACAAUGAAAAGUUCCGGAGGAGCGAACAGGUCGUUCGGCAGCUGAAGCAGGACAUCGGGGAGUUGCAGGAACGGCUGCAACGGGAUGCGGCAAAGAUGAGCUCGAGUAGCGAGAGUUCCAUCGGAACGAGUAUUAGCGGUAGCAGCUCGGAUAACAGCAGGGAGGAAGCUUCUGAGGACGCUAAGAACAGCAACACGUGUCAGAAGCAUGGCCAGAGUCUUCCCGAGGACGAUACGCGUGAGCUGAAGAUUCUGCUGAAGGUGAUCGAGAGCGAACAUCGCCAGAAGCUGAAGCGGUACGAGCUGAACAACAGAACGCUGUUGCGUAAGGUCAAGGAACACGAGCGUGCGCGCAAGGUUGCUGAACAGCAGGUGGAGUCGCUGGAGAAAGAAGUUUGCCGAAUAUCGUCGAUGGAGUGUGAGCUGGCUGGGAUGAGGGAAAAGACGAUGUUGCUGGAAGCGGAUCUGGAAUCGGCGGUUGGUGAACGUGACACGCUGAAGGGAGAGAAGCUGCGAUUGGCGAUGGCUUUGCAGAACAACUGCUUGGUACAGGUAGAUGAGGACAUCUGGAGCUCGUUUCAACGUAUUUUUGCUGAUUUGAGAGACAAGCAGCAUGUUAGCAAGGAGAAUCAACGCUUCAAGGAACUUCUUCAGAUUAGUGAGAGGAAGAUUCAGCAAUUGGAAGAGGAGCUCAAGCAGUCACUGUCUUCGUCCGAGGAAAAGAGUACGGUAAUUGAAAAUUUGAAACUCGAAGGUGAAAUCCAACGCGUUGAGAGUGAUGAAAUACGGUCGGAACUGACAGUCAAGCGCUUCCAGUUGGAAGAUUCCCAAAGAAUCCUAACCGAAAUAAGCAGCGAGCGGAACUCACUGCAAGAUUCCAUCGGAACUCGCCAGCUGGAGGAGAGCAAACUUCGGGAUCAGAUCGACGAGCUGCAGAAGAAGCUUCAGAUUUGUGUAGUUCAGCUGGAGACGGCUUACGCACGACUUCAGCUUUACGAAGAGUCCGAGCGGGUUCUGGAAGAAUCCCGGCAUCGAUUCUUCAACGACGUACAGAUACUGCGAGACGAAAUCAUCGCCGAGAAGCAGGAAAAGCAGGCACUACAGGACGCCGUGGCGGAACUGAAAACGGAACUGGUCCGCAUGGUGGAAUGUAAUCUCAAGAGUGACCACAUCGCCAGUGACCAAACCGACAACAGUGUCGCCAGCGUUCCCAGCCUUGAGUCUAGUGGCGGCGAUUCGACGGCACCGGCAGCUGCCAGGUUCGACGAAGAAUCGCUAAAAGCGCUCGUUAGCGAGUGUUCGCGACGGAGUUCGGUAAGACCCCUUCAGGAAUGUGUCGCUUCGCUGCGGGCGGAGAUGCAUCAGCUGAACUCGGUGGUGCGGCAGAACGGUAACCAGCGGUACCACGUGGUUUCGCUGAUGGAGGAACUCCAGGACGCGACCAAUGGGACGUACAACAGUAGAUGAGUUUAGGCGCGUGAUUUCCUCCGCGGGGAAGGCAAAUUAGCGAGAAGUGGGAGGAAAUUCGUGGUUUGACGAGGUGGGAUUCGUUUCUGAAGAGAAUUUGGUACUUAACGUUCAAUUGCAUACUUUCAACUAGAGUGAAAGUGGUUGUCAAUUGAAUGUUUAGUUAGUUUAAAUGUUAUUGCUUGGGGAGAGGUUCUUUGGCAGCACAGUAUUUGCAAUUGUUGUCCACUAAACGAUUUGAAUGGAAAAUACAAUUAAUGAGGAAAAUACAACGAAAUUUUGGCAACACAUUAGAGCGUUGUCAGUAUUUCAGUAAAUAAGUAAUUUUCUUCCGGAAUCGUCUUGUUGUACAUCUCUGGAAGAGAUAUUGAAAAAUAUCAGUCAAGCAAUACUCUUUAAAGAUUUGACAACACUGUCAUAAAAUCCAGCUGCUUUAGAAUGAUUGCUCGUACUUUUUAAAGCGAGAGGUAGGAAUUUGUCAUUGAAAUCUGAAUUCAUUUUUAUCAAAAUUUGAGCUGCUCUGUUGGAUACAUUUUCCGAUUAGCCAAACACUUUGAUGAUCUGGCAACCCUUCCAUAAGUGUUAUCCAUUGAAGUGGAAGUCAGCAGUAUUUUUAGAUGAAAAAAAAAAAAUACUUUCAGAAUUACUGCGCAAUACAUUGUUCAAUAAUUUUAAAAACCUUUUCGAUAAAAAAUUGAAGAUCUGGCUAGCUGAAUUUCUUGAUAUUUUUAGAUAGAAUGUUGUAGGUUUUCAAUGGAAAUUACAUGAAGAUCUAAUAAUAUUGAAUACCUACUAAAAGAUAUUUGAAAAAAAAAUCUGGUGAUCUGGGAACACUGCCAUGUAUCCGUGUGCAAAUAUAUAAUUAAUGAAUUAUUAGGAACCAUUUUAUCUCUAGUUUCGUAAAUUAAAAUUCAACUUAUGCAAAUACUGUGCUUCUACUGAACCUGAGACUGUUCUUACAAAAAAAUCGUCACUGUUUGUUAGAGAUGUACGUUUCACUGGUUGCGCCCAUUCUUCACCGUGCACAUAAACUACGUAGCACCGUUUUUUUCGCCAUGACCGAGAUUACCAACCAAUACAAAAAAGCGUUGCUCAAACAUAACUUCAUUUAAAAAUCACAAUUUAUCAAUAAGAUCCAUCAAUGUUAGUUGUAAAAAAUAAUGGAAAAGACAGUAAGAAAGUCAACUCAAAAUAGAAAAAAAAUGUUAAGCACCGGUUCAACUCUCAACCCACAGGCCACAUCAAUGUUAGAUUAGUGCAAACGUUACAAUUUAGACACAAAUUACACAGGAAAGAAUAAGUUAGCAGGGCCCUCCAUACUAAAGUGACUGUAUGUAAAUUUGGGGUUUUUUUAUGUAAUUUAAAAGUUUGUUGGUCACUUUGGUUGCGACGGCCUAGCAAAUAGAUUAGUUGACAUUAGAGUACUUAUUAGGCUAUAGCGAAAGUAGCUUCCAAUUGCAUUUCUAGUUGUUUAAGUUCCUUUGGCUUGUUUAUUUUAUAUCGAGAGUAUUUGCCUACUUUUUCACUAAAGCUUUAAUUGAAAUCGAAUUUAUUUUGUUCUUACAAAAAAACAGAAGAUGCUUUGUUCAACUGUGAUGCUUUAAGUUAUUUUAUUCGUUCCAAGUAUAUAUGCAAAAGCGUUUUAAUACUUCUCAGAUAUGCCACUGCACUAAUCGUUUCGCCUGUACACAAUACUAAUUUAGUACUACGAUUUAUCGCUAAUUGGAGGCAAUUUGAGUGAUAGCUUGCUAAUUAAAUCGCUAGUUCAGCAACUGUUUGAGGUGUAAUUAUCCUGUUCUCCUGACAAGGAGAGCGACUUAGCAAAGUGUAGGAGAGCAAAAUAUCAUCGAUACACAUAUUUACCCAUCUUUAGCGUAGAUAUUUAUUCAUCAAUUCAGAAUGUCCGGAGGGGAUUUGUAAAUGUAAAAAUGAUUCUUCCAGAAAAAAGUUUGACGGUGGGAUGUUUUCAGGAGAAUCAGCAGAUGAGGUUUACCAUAUAUUUAUUCAUAUUGCAAAAUAGAACACAUUUCGUAGCACCGUUCCGUAAA